AUGUCUUCAAAAGGAAAUACAUUCGAGAGACUGCCUCGAAUUUAUGAGCCAAAAGUCUAUGUUCUGGAGCUCUACCCAAAUGCGAAGGAUUUCACGUUCCAUGGAAGAGUGACAAUCUGCAUGUUCCUCACUCAACCCACUAGCUCGAUAAUUCUCAACGCUAAGAAGAUCAACGUCAUUUCUGCGAAAGCACGGCAUUCUGCGCUGCAAUCUGAAUUGACGGUUCCUAUGAAAUCGAUCAUGUAUGAUGAGAAACAGGAGAAAGUAGCCAUACACUUUGAUUCUGAGCUGGCGGAAGGAGAUAUUGAUUUGUGUCUCGUGUACAAAGGCGUUUUGGCCGAUGACAUGCAUGGCUUUUACCGCAGCACAUACAAGGAUUCCAAUGGUGAAGAACAUAUCAUUCUCUCCACUCAGUUUGAGGCUACGUAUGCCCGUCGUGCCUUUCCCUGUUUCGACGAACCCGACAGAAAGGCCAAGUUUCGUAUUUCACUGGUCAUUCCCGACCAUCUAACCGCGUUGUCUUGCAUGCCUGAGGUGUCUCGGAACCCAGUGGAAAAGUGCGAAGUGGAGAAGUAUGGUCUGCCAACGGCAAUCUCACAUUCUUAUGUUAAGGUGGAAUUUGAUGAGACGCCACGUAUGUCGACGUACAUUGUGGCCUUCAUAGUUGGGUGUUUCGAUUACACCGAGGCGGAGGACGUAGUCGGUGUGCGGAUUCGAGUCUAUACGCCUCCCAACCGCUCGCAUUUGGGCUUACAUGCUCUAAGGAUGGCGAGGAGUGCGUUGCCAUUCUACACGAAGGUGUUUGGGACGGGCUAUCCCUUGCCAAAGCUGGAUCUGGUGGCUAUUCCGGACUUUGCAAUGGGCGCAAUGGAGAAUUGGGGACUGUUGACUUAUCGUGUAGUCAAGCCUGCUUGUGCUUGUGCUGUUAAUCCAUCGUCGUCCUUAAUGAAGAAAUGUGGUUUGGGCUAUAGAGCGGAUACGCUCUACUAA